GGAGUGGGUAUGACGGAUGAAGGGAAAGUUCGUGGAAGUUGUGGCGGCAAACCCCCUGAGGAGGCAACGGCAGUUGCCGAAACGCAGUGUCGGGGACGCUGAUUCUGAAUGGUGUACUUCGCUCAUUUUAAACCAUUGUUUGAGCUUGACGAUUAUGUGUACUUGACGCGACGAAUGUUGCAUACGGCUUGCUGAGUAAUACUCUCUUGCUUUCUUUACCUAAACUACUUACUCCGCACGUGAACAGUCUUGGAAAGAAAUUGCUCAGACGGGUGAGCGUGUUUUAUUAUCCUAUCGGACAUUUUGUAUAUGCUAACGCGAGGAAGAAGAUCAGUGACAAUGAGUGACCAUAGAGAGUACGACAGAAGGGACCGGCGAUCGAGUAGCCAAGACCGAGGGAGUUACCGUGGUGUGGAACGUGGACAGGAUGCGGUUGGAGAGAGGUCCUACCGACGCUCGCCGCCAAGAUGUUUCGCAUGCAAUGAACGUGGGCACUACGCAAAUCAGUGUAAGAACCGGUGGAGGGCGAGAGAAGACCGGCCAUCAACCUCAUACGAGACAAGGCGGGGAAGAUCGAUAUCACCAAGGGGCGAUACAAGGGAAUCGACGGUUAAGGAGGUUGAUAAGCUACAACUUCAGAUCAAAGAACUUAAUAAGAGCCUCGCGUCAGUCUCGGAGUUUGUCCAGAGCGAGAGGGCGAAGAAGGAGGCGGAAGAACAAGCAAGACGAGAAGCCGAGGCGGAGGAACAACGCAAGGUGGCUGAGAAGAAAGCUAAGGAGAAGAAGGAGCGGAGGAGGCUUGAGAAAUUGCAGAGGGAACAAGAAAGAGAUGCAGAACUAGAGAAGAAGAUGGAGAUGCAGCUCGCUAUGAAGACGGGUGAUUUCUUCGGACCAGUCCUGAACGUCGUGAGGAAGGCAAAGGCCAAGAAGCAAGUGGUUACCAUAUCCGACCAUGAUUCGGAGUCUGAACAUGGAAGUCAUGGGAGCGACACUGAAGGCAUCCGCACACAAACCCGGAGAUUGACGAUUAACGAGAAGAGAAAAAGAGGACCUGAACCUGCGUUCGAAGAUAGUCCACCGAUGCUGACGCCGGCUAAACGCACACCACGUGGAGCAAAGGAGAAAGGAGCAGCUGCUGCCGGGCGAGUCGCACGGUCCAAAGCGAAACUGAAGACGAAGUUGUCCCCGUACUUGGCCAGGAUGAAGAAGACCCCGGGGCAACCGGGCACAGUGGCUAAAUUGCGAUACCGCAACCAAGCCAUGGAAGAGCUACGCAAUUUGGAUGCACAGGAGCUGCAAGCGAUAUGCAAGGAGGAAGGUAUUGCAUACAAUGGAAAAGUAGAUGCCAUUUUUGACAUCGCAAGGCGUCUGCAACGGGUUAAUCGCAUGAUCGAGAAGAGGGGUUGUGCGACUGAGGUGGAGUCGGCUUCCUUUGAUAUAAAGGAAAUGUUCAGCCGACUUCCCCACGAGGAUAUUAGGGAUGCGGUGCACUGGAUUGUCAAGUAUUACCAGGAGAAGGGCCUGGAAUUUGUGAGGGUUAACACGAGGGGUAGAGGAGCAUCAUUUGGAAAGACGACGGGGGCGGACCAUUGGAGACGCCUAGAGUUGGGGGAUGUGGUGAAGCUUGUGGAUCUUGAACUCGGCCACACGUACACAAAUGCAACGGGCGUGCUACUGAGACAAGUCGUCGAUAUCCCAAUGGGGAAGAGCACAAGCCCUCCUUUGGCAUGUAUCUUGUGUGCUAUGGCUGAGUCGAAGUUUAUCAACAGUCUCGGGAGGUACAGGAGGCAGGUGUUUGGCAUCCGGCUGAUCGAUGACGUUAUCUUAGUGACAACCUCAUUACCAGCUCACAUCAGAGAGGAGAUCUUGUGUCGGUUUGAUGUCUGUUAUCCACGGAAUCUGAUACUGAAGAGAACAGACAGCGGGUCUGGGGUGCUGCAGUUCCUCGGUUGCGAGAUUCGGACGAAUCAGACUUUUCCUUACUUGGGAUGUGUGCAAUUGGUCAAGAAUGAGGACACUAUCUGGGAAGAGGAGAAGUUGGUUUUUCAAAACGGGCAGUCUUUCUCCUCAUGGGGGAGCAAGCAGCUCAAGAACGCGAUUAUCUACAGACACCUCCAUAGAAUUGAUCGGAACACAACAAUUUGAAGCGAGAUACCAUUGAGGGUUCUGGCGGUCAAAAGGGAGUUGCGUUUGAAG